CUUUCACUGCCCAUUACCUGGCUAAAUAUGCUGCUGGAGAAGAGGAACGUGCGAGAGUUUUCCUAAGAGCUGGGAAGGAUGCAAACACUAUGAAUGUCCAACAGGACGAUUUGCGUAAUGUCAAGGUUACUGGCGCAGCUGUGGCCGCUGCAAAUGAUAAAUCCCGCGAGCGUGAAA